UCCUUUCCUUCCCUUCAGCAUGCCCUCACUCCAUCCGUCCAGAUCCCAAGGCCGACAAGGCCGAGCAACCACCGCUUUUAUCCUCAUAUCCAUUAUCCUCCUCCUCGCAAUCCUUCCCACGGCUGCGGCACAGGAAAAACUCCUAUAUAGAACUCCCAACAACACUCUACUUGUGUACGCCUGCAAUGCGGAAGACGCUUGCGAGGCGUGUUCCCCAGUAGAAAAAUCCCUCGAUGUAUGUAAACCUACAGGAAACAAGGAGCCGAUAGCCUGCAAGCCAAUCGAUGCAGUCAACCUCAAUGAUACGAAAGAGCAUGACAAGAAUAUAUGGUGGUCUCCAGAAGACGUAAUACCACUUGAUCCAGGAAAGGACCCAAUCUUACCAACAUGGAGAGAGUGUGAUCUAGUGGCUGGUAUCGAAUCGUUUCGAUUUUUCAUGUUUGAGGUUGUAAAUAUAAUGAUUUUGUUAGUGGCGGGUAUUGUAGUACUUUGGAGACGGCGGCUCAUGUCCACAGAGCAGUACAGGCGGAUAGCAACCCGGCUUGCAGCUUAAUCCAGAUAUACCUUUGGUCCGUUUAUUGAAGUAUUUGUUCGAGAUCUGUUCCGGAGAGAUUGAGUUCUUCGACAUUAUGUAACGGCGAAUCUUGCUAGUCUCGCAUCAGACAACAUAAAUACAAAUAUAGACAAUCUUCUGGUCAGUUUGUACAUUACAAACAAAUACGACCACAUCAUAUAAACCA